AUGUCAAAGCACUUUAGCAAAUCAACCACGGCUCUACACUUUGACGGAAAGGCCUCGAUACAAAAGUCCCAGGAGCUACAAGAUCGGGCCAUAUCCCUCAGCAACCGGAUCAAGACUCUGGAGGUGCGAGUUGACAACGCCAUAGGAAGAAACAGCGGCUCUUUGGGCCCCCUAUACAAGCAAUGUCGAAACGCGUACAAGACAUCCAAGGCAGCGUUGGCAGACAUAAGAAAUGGGCUGGAGACCUUGGAGUGGCACACCUGCGAAUGUCCCUUCCAAGCAGACACGCACAUUGCUGAGUUGUAUCAAGCUGAUAACAACAAAGACGACCUCGCAAUCAUUACCGCCGACAGUGAUAUGAUGGUAUAUCAAGACGUUAGAGAAAUCACUAUACCCGUCGGAAAGUACCGAGCGUUCACCACGUACAAGAAGGCUGACCUGCUCGAGUCUCUAGACCUCGUAUGUGACCGUGAGCUGUUGCUGGCAUCAAUCAUUACUAAGAACGACUACUCCAAGGCACUCCCGUGGCACGGCUUCCAAAGAAAUAUCAAGAUCAUCCAAGAGAUGAGGAUCGAGACCAGAGCAGGCGAUGGAUCGACCAUGGACGCGCCAGGAUCCAAGACGACUGAGGCUGGUAUUAUCAAGGAGCUGAUCCAGGAGUAUUUACAACGGGCGAGAGGAGGACAAAACAAGAGUGUGGACGACUACACCCACGCCAUUUCGGCUUUCGUUCAAGUGCGUGAGGACUAUCUUGACUCCGCUACGCCAUCGUGCGCGACCCACGAGGAAAUACGGGGCAUACUCCAGAAGCUCGAGAAGUGCAAGCUGCAAAGGAGAAAUAUGACUCGAGCCUCGCGGACAAAUCCUCCAGCCGACACACUCGCCAGCGACACUUCUGCAGGCGUGGUGUUUUCUUCCCCUAUCCAAUACAGCCUGCAGACGCCUGGACAGCAGACGAUUCUUCAGGCCCGACGCCGUCGCCGCAGACACAAGAAAGAGAACGCCCAGCAACGGAGAAAGCGACGUUCCAAAGGCAAAGAAAGACGUAAGAAAGUCCGGGAGGCAAAAUGGAGACGAAGCAGGUACAAGAGCAGGGACGGAGAUGCCAACCCUCGUUAUUCCCCUCAUGUUGUCAUGGACGUCAGCCAGUCAUGCCCGGUCGACAAGAUCGCAUUGGAAAAGAUGUCCAUCGAGGAACCGCGCCCGCGGAAGAAGAAGGACGGGAGCAUAGAUGACAAUCCUAAGGCCGCGAGUGAAACCAAGACGAAGCCCAAGGUGGACGAGGAGAAUGGUGAAAAAGUGGAGAGGCAAGCUGGAGCUAACCUGACUAAGCACCUGUUCGGGGAGGCUUUCAAGACUGCCACAAUGACUGCAGGGGUGCCUGCACCGCUCCACGAAGCUGAACGUAGUCCAGACCAAGAUCGUCGCGGAACGCAUCAGCGAGGCGGUCCGCAUCAUGAGCCAAACUCGUAUUCUCGUGUUUAA